GGCUCUGUGUAUAAUUUGUAUACAGAUGAGGAUGAAGAAGCUGAGCCUUCUCCUUCUGGGCAACAGAUCAUUGAAAAUUCAAUAACUAUGAAUAAGAUGAAGCUGCUGAAGGCUAAGAUGGAGAGCAUGAAUCUCAGCAAAAAGCCUAAGAAAGUUGUCAAGGUAAAACCUCGCCCACCUAUAGCUCCUCGGCCGUCCAGCAGUUCUACAGCAGCAGCCCGGCACAGAUUGCUAAGAGUCCUCCCUCAUAUUGGGCAGUCUUGUUUACCUUCUGGGAAUGCAUAUCUCCCUGAAACAUCCAGGAAUGCAGGCACAAGUCCUGCAGCUCAGGCCCCUGCUGAUAGACCAGUGUCAUCUCUCAGGAAUGAGAUGCUGAAGGAUGAUGAUAACUGGGAGAUUAACAUGCUCUCUCACUCCACGAGUAGUAUCAGGCUGCUUCCUCAGUUGACCCAUAUAGAACUGGAAAAUGACAAAGAGCUUGCAGAUUCUGUUCUUCAUUUUGGAUCAUCCCUGCGUAGGCGGACCAAGCACCUUUCAGGAAACUUGUCAUCUAAUAACGAGGAUGAUGUUGUCUUAUUUCCACGGUCAGAAGAGUGUGGAGCUGACGAGUUGCUCCUGCCAGAAGUAGGUGCUUUUGCUCCAUUUGCAGAAGGAAAUGGUGCCGAGCAGAGCAGUGGUGUAGAAGGGUUAGGGAAGGUAACGCCAGAGUUCCCACUCACUAAAAGUGAUGGAGGACUGAGGGCAGCGGAGCAGCCUCUGAGCCACGUGGCAAGAGUGCUGAGCAGUGACCCAGGAGACAAUGCAGUUCUUAACCACCGAGAGCCAAGCUCUCACAAGAACAGACUCCUGUCACCUCUUCUCUGUGCUGCACCAGUGUCACUACAUAAUUCUCUGGUGAAGCCACAGAGACAGUCGAAGUGUUUUGAGCCAGGCAACCCCUCAGCGUCUACUUCACAAAACACCCUGCGGGAAUUGGACAUUCGAACCAUAGCAGAUUCUUCUUUCUCUAGGACUGCUCGCUUUCGUGGUGUUAAAGUCGAUUCGCCUGGAAAAAGAUCUGACGUUAUUUCUAAAGUGGAAGCCCGAGAUAUUACAGAAAUGGCUAACAAAGCUUCCAAAGAGCCUGUUGGUUGUGUAAACAAUAGUGGCUUUUUGGCUUCACUGGCUCGGAGUGCAAGCAGAGACAGUUUGCAGGGCACACGUGGGGCAGGCAGGCUUCGGUCCUCUGGAAUUGGGUUGUCUACAAACUUCCAGCAUUUUCAGGAUGAAAACAUUAGGAAAAGUUCUCCCCAGUCAGAACCUACAGAUUUUUUUCUAUCUGCCCGUGGUAUUGGAAUGAGUGGAAGUAAUGCAGCAGCAGGGAAGAGAAUAGGUAAGCCACGGCUCCAUAUACCGCAUGUGAGUUUUCAAGGGGAGCUAGACGGCGUUCUCUGUGGUAUGUGUAGGGUAAACGCCCCUGAAUGAUUCAUUCUAGAGAACAGUUUGUGACCUGACUGCAAGGGAAAUAAACAAUCUCAAGUGGGUAUUUCAUGUCUCUCAGAAAAGACAACAUUAUAGAAGAAUUAACCCCUUCACUGGAGGCUGGCCAUUGUAAAGUUGCAGUGGGCUGCUGG